AUGGGUAUAGGCUGUGACACGGCGGUGCUGGUGGAGCGUGCAGCAGGUGGUGCGGUGGCGCGAGACCACACCGUCGCCCUCCCCCCACCCUUUCUCCCGGAACUACGUGAUUCAGCCGCCGCACGCGCCGUCGCCCCUACUAAUAAUGUGACAGCCAGGUUUCGUCUGCCUCCUUGUACUAGAGUGCAGAGACUUCACGUAAUUUCUAAUCGCGGGCGUUUCUACGACCUCAAUGCAGAGGCGCUGAGGACACGCGUUACCGUCACCAAG